AUGCCCUCAAUUCUCACCGAUGCCGACAAGGAAACUGUCAAGCGACAGGUGCCUAAACCUGCCAACAAGAUCCUGGCCGUAGCUGUCGCACGACUCUAUGUGGCCUACCCUGAUCCUCAAAGAUGGACAUAUACCGGUGUGCAGGGAGCAGUUGUGCUCUGCAAUGAUUUAGUGGGACGGACUUUUUGGCUGAAAAUAGUCGAUGUCUCGCCCGCUGGAAAGGGCGUGAUUUGGGACCAGGAGAUCUACCAUAACUUCUCUUACAACCAGGACCGCACAUUCUUCCAUACCUUUGAACUCGAGAACUGCCCGGCGGGCUUGUCGUUCGCCGACGAGAAAGAGGCCAAGACGUUCAUCAAGAAGGUGCACGAGCGUGAGAAACAUGCAAGCAAGGAAACCAGCAAGACUCCAUUCGCAUCCUCUCGUGGCCAGGGUCCUGCACCAGUUACCAACGGCAAAGCUCCUGGGCGCUCCCUUUUCGGUAGUCUGUUGCAUCGUUCGACCCAUGCACCCAGUGCCAACCCGCCCCCAGCUCCUGUGCCGUCAAUACCAGUUGGACCACCUCCCACCUUGGCUCCAAGCGCACCGCCAGCCAAGGGAGAUCUUCCUUUCGACAUCAAUGAUCCAACACAGAAGGGCCUCUUGGAUGAGCUCUUACAGAUGGGCAUCACCGAAGAUCAGAUCGCCGACAACUCGGACUUCAUCAAGUCCUGGAUUGCCCAGAAACAGACCACAGCCGGCGAAUCUCCUGCAGCUGGUGACCAGAACAAGCCACGCGCGCCCCCACCACCACCACCUGGUGCGCCUGCCCCCAAGGUAACUACAAUCAGUCCUCAGGGUACGGGUACUAGCUCGGCAAGCCGACGUGGGCCGCCGCCGCCUCCUCCGACACGGAAAGGUCGUGCUGAGACUGCGGAUGAAUCCGUUCCUUCUCCGCCUCGUGAACCCUCUCCACCUCCAGCACCAACCCGAAUGUUCCGAGCACCCCUCCAAUCGCAGAUGCUGGCAAGUUUGCUGAGCCUGCUGGAUCUGUACCACCGCGGCGGCCACGGGCGACAUCAAACGUUACCCCGGGCCCGCCACCGCCCCCACGACCUCCGAAGACCCCAAUGGAAGAUGGUCCAAGUCAGCCUCAAGGUCGAUUUGGAGUGCCUCCUCCGUUUAUGGGCGAACGCAAAGUCUCCGCUCCGCCCGCACCUCCAAGUCGCAGCCCGCCCCGCCCCAGCUUCCCCCAAAGUUCCCACUACUGGCGCACCAUCUGGCCUGCCUCCCCCACCACCAGCUCGAGCUCCGAUUUCUCCGCCUCCGCCCCCUGCGCCUCGUCCUGUACCAUUCACUCCUGCCGCUGCUCCUCCCGCUCCACCUCCACCUCCUCCAAGAGGGCCUGCUCCUCCUGCGACAACUUCAGCGAUACCACCAGGGCCUCCUCCACCACCCCCAGGCCGCUCUGGACCCCCUGUUCCGCCACCACCUCCCCCUGUAGGAGGAUCUGGGGCACCUGGUGUGCCUCCGCCGCCCCCUCCCCCUGCUCCAGGUGCAGGUGCGUUCGGUGGCCCACCCCCUCCUCCACCACCAGGACGGUCUGGGCCUGCAGUACCUCCACCACCACCUCCACCCGGUGGUUCUGGGGGACCUCCUCCCCCUCCAGCCCCAGGUGGUGCAGCACCUCCAUUGCCUAAGAGCCCCGGUGGAAGAGACGAUCUCCUCGCAGCUAUUCGUGGCUCUGGUGGUGCAGGCGGAGGAGGCUUGAGGAAGGUCAAGGACUCUGACAAGAAGGACCGGAGUUCGGCAAUGGUCCCAGGAAGUGCUGCCGAAUCAUCUGCUGCAGCCACGAGCUCUGGCGGAGGUCCACAGGGUGGAUUGGCUGGUGCUUUGCAGGAUGCAUUGAACAAGAGAAAGCAGCGGGUCAGCGGCAGUGAUGAUGAGAAGGACGAUAACGACGAUUGGUGA